UUCUUGGGAAAGUGGCAUCUGUGUGAGGAAGUCUUCUGCUGAUCAUCAGCCGCUCUGGACUUCACACCGAGUCUGUGUCUCACUCAAUCCGGAUUCUAACCUGCUCCAAACUUCUAACCAUGAGGACAAACGUAUGGAUUUACCAAGCUCUGCUGUGCGUUGUGGUCACUUUUAUGAACACAGGUUUCUGUAGAAAGUCUCAUCAGUUAUUACAGAAGUAUGAAAAGACUGAGAGCCACAUGCUGGUUUGCACAGACUGUCCUCAGCCCCCGUUGGUACGAAACAGCCGCUCACAGGAACACUGCGCCCGAAAAUGCAAAAAGGUCAAGAAAAACUUCAACUGCAGGGCUUUCAACUUUCAAAGGCACAACAGGAAAUGCCACUUGCUUCCUUUUGACCGUUUCACCCACGGUGUGCAGAAGCAGGCCAACAUCAACUUCACUUUGUAUGAAAAAAAAGAUUAUAUAAGGGAGUGCAUCGUCGGCACCAAGGACAACUACAGAGGGAGGAGGUCUUGGACGAAGUCAAACAUCACUUGCCAAGCGUGGUCAGAUAAUAACAUCAAUGAGCACACGUUUUAUCCAGAUAGGUACCCGACGCAAGAUCUGAGGGAGAACUUCUGUCGAAAUCCCAACAACGAUCCUGGUGGUCCGUGGUGCUACACCACCGACCCCAAUGUACGAGCCGAGGAGUGUGGCAUACCACAGUGUUCAGAGGACGUCUGCAUGACGUGCAAUGGGGAAGAUUAUCAGGGCAAAAUGGACCAUACAGAGAGCGGCAAGGAGUGCCAGAGAUGGGACUCAGUGAGGCCUCACAAACACCACUUCCAGCCCAAAAAGUAUCGGGACAAAGAUUUAAAGGACAACUACUGUCGGAACCCGGAUAAUCGUCUCCGUCCCUGGUGCUACACCAUGGAUCCCAAAACUCCAUGGGAGUACUGUAACAUCACCAUGUGUGACUCAGACCCCAGCGAGGACUCUGAUGUCAACAUAACAACGUCCUGCGUCCAGGGAAAGGGCACAGAUUACCGAGGCACAAUGAAUGUCACUCCAGAGGGUGUGACAUGUCAGCGCUGGGACUCUCAGUUCCCCCAUAACCACUCCUUCCUUCCUCAGAACUUCAAGUGCAAUUUGUGUGUGUGUUAUAGAGACCUCAGAGAGAAUUACUGCCGUAACCCCGAUGGCGCAGAUUACCCAUGGUGCUUCACUACAGACCCAAAUCAGAGGAUAGCCAACUGCAGCCACAUUCCCAGGUGUGAUGCAGAGGACACGCAAAAAAUAGAGUGUUAUGAAGAUAACGGAGAGAUGUACCGGGGCACUUUAUCCACAACUCGAUCAGGGAUUCCCUGUGCAGACUGGUCACAUCACAUAAACAGUGGGGAUUCUCACUCUACAAUAUCCUAUGUAGGGCUGGAGAAGAACUACUGCCGGAACCCAGACCGGGACAAGCAUGGCCCCUGGUGUUACACCAAUCCAAAUAACCGCUUGGCCUGGGACUACUGCAAACUGAAGCACUGCGAAUCAUCUACAGUGGCUCCUCAACCAAACAGUCUGACUAGGCCCAAGAUCUCCUGCUUUGUGCAUAUAAACACCAGAAUAGUCGGAGGACAUCAAGUGCGAGGAAGAGAUGGCAGCUGGGUUGUAAGCAUCCAACGAGAGAAGGUUCACUUGUGUGGCGGCUCACUGAUCAGAGAAGAUUGGGUUUUGACAGACCAACAGUGCUUCACUUCCUGUGUUCCAGAUCUCCGGGAUUACAGCGUACAGGUCGGUCUGCGCCACCUCAAUGAGUCUUCAAGUCAUCCAAGGCUGCGUAUCUCUCGACUGAUCUGUGGCCCAGAAGGAUCCAAUCUGGUUAUGCUGAAACUAGCAGAUCCUGCCCCUGUGUCUGAGGGUGCCUCCACCAUUCACCUUCCAGUAAAAGAGUGUCACAUCACCGAAGGCACCAACUGCACCAUGUAUGGAUGGGGGGAAACCAAAAAUACAGGAUACGAUGAAGCACUCAACACUGUGACCAUGCCCAUGGUCAACAAUGACAUGUGCUCGCAAAUCAAAGGGGACGCCGGGGAAAGCAGAAUAUGUGCCGGCGGCAACAGAGGAGAAGGUGUAUGUGAUAAAGACAACGGCGGUCCGCUAGUUUGUCAAGAGCACGAGCGCAAAGUCAUCAUCGGCGUGAGCAUCCAAAGGACAAAAUGUGCCUCAUCGCAGCCUGCGCUUUUUGUCAACGUUGCCUUUUACUCAGAGUGGAUAUACAAAGUGUUCAAACUUUACCCCAGUUUGGAGAGGAACUGAUAGUGUGGUGUGAAAAACUACCCCACACAGCCUGGAAGAGGCAAGGGGGGGGCAACUUGGGCCAAGAAACUCUCCGAUGUGGACCAUGGGGGAGGAGAAAAGAGGAAACAAACCUGAUGGAAAGUGGCCAUUUUGGAAUUUUGUUGCUGAAUUUGUCAUUUUUCGGAAAGGACGAAGACUUGUGAUUGGAGACUGGAAAUGGAAUCUCACCCCGUCUUCCACUUUGCAGAUGAGGAGAUCCAGGUAGUUAGCCUUAACACCCUUUCUACAACCAAAGUCUUGGGCACAUGGACGGCGAACAAAUUGUAUUUUGACAUGUUCAGAGUUUCUGAAGCCAUGCAAGCAAAGACAAUGACACUUGUGAUUCAGUAUUAUCUCCUGGAAUAUACUUGAACCCAACUCCUUGGCGGUUACCAAUUACGGUGGCCUUCGUUGACUGGGAUUUUCUUUCUUCUUCUUCUUUUUUUUUUUAAAUGUGUUGAGCUGGACUACAAAAUGUGUCUUUUAACCUUUAUAACAAGUUGUGCGGACAGACAGAAAUGUCAACAUAUCUGGUUUUAGGAUACCGCACAACCUAUGGCGAUACCAUAAAGGAGGAAAAUAGAAGAAUGAAAAUGUCAUUAUGAAGUCAGUAUUAGGUUCCCUUUGAGAAAAUAGUGAUUAAACCAGAGGUUAAACUUUGGCUCCAGAUAUACCAGUAGCUAUAUAUGAAGAAUACACUGCUUGAAAAGCCAGCUGCAGCAGCCUUGGCAAACCCGGUAGUGCUAAUUGUGUGCAGUAGCUGAACUACCUUUUCCCUAGUUAGCUGUAACUGUUAGUUUCCCCAUGAGAGGGUCUAAGUAGGACUGAGCAAACUGCUCCAAAUCUUAUGCUAAUAUUUGUAGCAUGAGAGAGAGAAGAGCCAUGCCAAAUAUAACAUGGCUAUUUGGUCUCCGGUUUGGAGGGAACUGUGGCCCCUGGUGGGCUGUGUGUGGUCAGUAGGAUGUUUUAUACUUUUAUUUAGUUUCAUGGAAAGUGACUCCGUGUGUACAUACCUGCAGAUUUAUUAUGGUUCUGCCGUGCUGUAAGAUUUUAUAGGUCUUAUAGAUCUGGAAUAUUUUGGGCUCACUUAGUAACGUCAGAUUGGCUUUUUUUUCGUGCUUCUGAUUAUGUUUAAUAUUUAAAGAGACGGUAGUUUGUAAGUAGUAGUAAUGUAUAUUUAUUUUUUUAAUUAGCAGAAAUGAAUCCAUAUUUUGAUGUGA